AUGCAGCCCAAGGGAGGCGGCGCGGCGGGGCUGGCGGCCUCCGCGCAGGUUGCGCCUGCGACGGGCCCCACCGCGACAGCUGGCGCCGCUGGCGGCGGUGGAACGGCGGGAACCGCAGGCGGAGGCAAGGCGAAGGGGACGAAACGCGGGGCAGCAGGCGGGGCGGCAGCAGCGAUGCCCAAGAAGAUGUCCAAAGCAGAUAUCCGUUCCCUCUCUUCCUCUCAUUCUCGCACUGCACACACACCCCCUCCCCCCUUGUCGUUCCCCACCCGUUGCCCCCUUCAGGCGGCGCAGCAGGCGGGGCGGCAGCAGCUCGGCCCAAGAAGAUGUCCAAAGCAGCCGCGGCUGCUGCUGCUGCAGCGGCUCAGAGACAGGCGGCAGGUGGGCGGCACUGGGGCGUGGCAGGUGGGCGGCACUGAGGGGUGGCAGGUGGGCGGCAGUGAGGGGUGGCAGGUGGGCGGCAGUGAGGGAUGGCAGGUGGGCGGCAGUGAGGGGUGGCAGGUGGGCGGCAGUGAGUGGUGGCAGGUGGGCGGCAGUGAGGGGUGGCAGGUGGGCAGCAGUGAGUGGUGGCAGGUGGGCGGCAGUGAGUGGUGGGCAGAGGCAAAGGCAGCAGCAGCUGGAGAUGCUAUGGCAAUUCCUAUUGCUCAGCAACAGCAGUCACAGCAGCAGCAGCAGCAGCUAGUGAAGCAGCAACAGCAGCAAGAGCAGCUGCAGCAACAACAACAACAGCAGCAGCAGCACCAACCACUGCAGCAGCAGCAGCACCAACAGCAGGAACACCAGCAGCAGCUGCAGCAACAGCGGCAUCAGCAGCAGCAGCAACAGAAGCAACAGCAGCAGCAGCAGCAACGGCUGCAGGGGAAGGAGGGGGCGGGUGGAGCAGAGGCGGAGCGGGGCCGGGCGGCAGUGGGGGGUGGUGAGCGCAAGGACAAGAAGGCAGCAGCCAAGCAAGGGGCGCAUGCAGGGGGCGCCGCUGCAGGGGGGAAACUUGCCGCUUCUCUCCUAGCCCUCUUCCCUGUCCUCUCUCCCCGUUCCCUCUCCCUCUCCCUGUCUCACCUCUCCCUCUCCCCGUAUCCCCUCUUCCUCUCCCCGUAUCCCCUCUUCCUCUCCCCGUAUCCCCUCUCCCUCUCCCCGUAUCCCCUCUUCCUCUCCCCGUAUCCCCUCUCCCUCUCCCCGUAUCCCCCCUCCCUCUCCCCGUAUCCCCUCUCCAUCUGUGCUGCAGGGGUGCGUCUGACACCCCGCCUGCCACGGGACCAGCACAUGCUGCCAAGCCAGUCACGGCACCAGCAGCAGGCAUGCCAUCUACUCACACACCCACCCACCCACCUCUCCCACCUCUCCCACCUCUCCCACCUCUCCUCCCUCCUUCCCACGCACAGCCACGGCUCUGGCUCUUCUCUUUUUUUGCUAGACAACAGCCUUUGUUACCCUCGCACUCUCUUUGUGACCCUCUCUUUUUCCGUUUUCAGUCCAAACUUGCUUAACCAUGUCUUGGCAUGCCAUGCAUUCACUCGCCGCCGUUUUCAAUGCUCCACUCACUCUUUUCUGCCAUGCCACGUGCCACGCGUGGCAUCACCCCACGGCCAUCCCACCUCGCACGGCCAGCAGGCAAGGCGGCGGCGCCAAAGAAGAAGGCAAGUGUCUGCCAUCACCCCACACCCUCAGCGAUCUCACCUCUCACCCCUUGCGGCCAUCUUAAAUCUCACUCACCUCUCCCUCCCUCAAGCAGGCAAGCCAGCGGCGCCAAAGAAGAAGGCAAGUGCGUCGCGGCGCAGCACCUUUGACUUCAUUCUCAAACAAUCCAAGCCACUGCGCAAGGACCAGCAGCCGCCAGCCCCGGCUCCACUCCCGCUGGCGACGGGCAUGCAGCACGCGCGGCACGAGGCGAGGCUGAGGGGCGUGCUGGGGGCGCUCUUCUGGGAGGCCAGCUCACGCGCCAUCACCAACCAGAGCACCCCCUCCCCCUCCCCCGCCGCCCUCCCCCUCCCCUCCCACCCCGCGCCCUCGCCCUCCUCCCUUCCCCCCACCCCCUCCUCCGCUGCCCCGUCUCUCCCCGCCGCCUCCCUCUCCUCCUUCCCUGCCACCACUGCUGCUGCCCAUUCCGGUCUCGCCUCUCAGCCGUCGUCUCUGUCGCACAGUGCCGCGCCCCUGGGCCCCUCCUCCUCCUCCCCCCUCGACCCCCUCUCGCUGCAUAAGUUCUCCGAGCUUCCGGGCUCAGGUUUGGGGCUUCCAGGCUUCCAGGCCUUGCAGGGAGGCUCGGCAGCAACUGGUUUGGCAGGAGGGGGAGGGGGAGGGGGAGGGGGGGGGAGUGGUGGCGGGAGGAUGAGGGGAAUGGCAGGGGGAGGCAUGGGUGGGGGCUCUGGGGGAGUAGGGGAAGGGGAAGGGGGUGUGGGGGGAGCAGCAGGGGCGGGCAUGGGCGGGAUGGGCGGAUUUGGGGGUGCGUUCAACGCGAGUGGAGCUGGGGUGAGCCCAGGAGCGGCAGGAGGCAGGGUGGUGGGUGGGAUGGGGGCAACAGCAGGCGUAGGAGGGAUGGGAGGAGGCAUGGGAGGGAAUUUGGCCACUGGCAGUCGUAUGGAUACAUCGUUCUCUUCUCCCCCUGCCUCUGCAUCGAAUCCUCUCUCCCAAUUUUCCUCCCCUUCUGCUGCGCUGCCUGCUGCUAUGGCUGCAACAGCCACCGCUAUGGGUGCGGGUAUGGGAGCAGGUAUGGGUGCAGGCAUGACUUUUGAGUCGACUCAAAAGGGCAUGGGUGCGGGCAUGGGUGCAAAUAUGGGUGCUGGCAUGGGAGCAGGCAUGGGUAGUGGUGUGGGCGGUGCAGGUGGUGCGGGUGGUGGUGGUAGUGCUCCGGGUGGCUCCGCUGCUGCUUCUGCUGGGGCUGACGGUGAGGGCGUUGGUGCUGCUGCUGCGAGUGGUGCCACUGUGGGGAGUGCAAGGAGCAGUGCAGGCGGCAGCGAGGGUGAGGCGGCAGGGAAGGCGAUGAAGGGCCUUCCAAGCCCGCGAGGGGGGAGUGAGAAGCAGAGCAGCCUGCGCGAUGGCGGUCAGGGGCAGCAGCAGGCGGUGCACUCGCCUCAGCAGCAGCUGGCUCACCUAGCAGCGCACUUGCAGUCCCAGAUGGGGGGUGCAGCAGGUGGGGGGAUGGGGGGCCCUCAGGGCAGUCAGCUUGGUGGGCAGAAUCAAGUUAGACAGAAGAUACAGCAGCAGCAAAUGCAGCAGCAGCAGCAGUUGAAGCAGCAGCAGCAAAUGCAGCAGCAGCAGCAGUUGAAGCAGCAGCAGCAAAUGCAGCAGCAGCAGCAGCACUUACAGCGGCAGCAGGGCAUGCGGCAAGGCCAGGCACAAGGGCAGCAGCAACAGAUGCACAUGCAGCAGCAGCAGCAGCAGAUGCAGCAAAUGCAGGGGCUUUCCUCCCCUCCUCACAGCAGCCCGCCAGCACCGAUGAAUCAAAGGCACAUGUUCCAGCCGCCACACCAGCCGCCACACCAGCCGCCGCACCAGCUGCAGCAGCAACAGCAAGGGGGGGGAGGGGGAGGCGGAAGGGCGAUGGGGGGAGCAGGCGGGGCGGGGGGGCAGCUGCAGGCGCCUGGGGAGAUGCUUGUGCAGCAGCAGCGGCAGCAGCUGGCAGGACCCACGGGGCAGGAGGAGCGGGGGAUGGACCGAGGCACAGGGCAGCAGGGGCAGGGGCAGGGGCAGGGGAUGGCAGGGAUGGGAGGAAUGGGAGGAAUGGGAAUGGGCAGCAUGGGAGGGAUGGGGGGUAUGGGGGGGAUGGGAGCGAUGGGAGGCGCAGUGCAGGGCAUGGGAGCAGGCAAUGCUGGUGCGGGGAGGGCGGGCUUCUUCCAAGGCCAAGGACCAAUGGCAUCGUCUCAAAUUCCCACCCACAUGAGAGGCUUGCCAGCACAGACCAUGCAGCAGCAGCCGCAGUACAGUCAGCAGCAUCAGGAUCAGCAGCAGCAGUGGGCGUCUGGCCAGCCAGGCGGUGCGGGACGGGCAGGUGGCGCCGGGGGGAUGCAGCAGCAGCAGCAGCAGCAGACGGGACAAGGGCAAGGGCAAGCAGCGGGGCGGAGUGGGUCAGGAGGGGCAGGCAUGGAUGAGCCCUUCCCUGCAGACCACCUUCCGCAGCGCAUGGGCAUGCAACAGCAUGCCCCCUUCCAUGCCUCCUCCCACAUGCCCUCUGCUGCUGCUUCCGGUCAAGGCAUGGGCAUGGGCAUGGGCAUGGGGGGAGCAGCGGGCAUGGGCAUGGGGGGAGGGUCGUCACUGCUGGCGGGGAUCCCAGACUCAUCUCUGGUGUCGUCCUUCGGAGGCAUGGGUGGGGAAGUGGGAGGGAUGAGGGGCAUGGAUGGCAUGGGAGCGAUGGGGGGAGUGGGAGGGGGUGUGGGGGGCGGUGAAGGGGCUGGAGGUGCAGCUGGGCGUGGUGGUGGCGCUACAGGAAUCGAUGAGGCAGCUAUGUUUGCAGGGGAGGAUGAUUAUGGGGAUUUGCCUUGA